AUGUCACGUGUUAAACUGAGCAAUGAGGUAACGCCAUCGCAUUACGACCUGACUCUGAACGUGGAGGACACCCUCUUCAGCGGAGUCUGUAAGAUCGUAUGUAACGCUCUCAAAAGCAUCACGACCUUCGAAUUCAACACCAGCAGCAGUUUGAACCUGGAACGUGUCCAAAUCUACCAGAACCAGAAGGAGAUUGGGUGCAAAUACGAGGUAUCAAAAGAGGAAGCAAAGAAGGAUGAGUUUGUGACUGUUAAGCUUGAGAAACCAGUAAGCAGCAACUUCCAGGUUGUAAUAAAAUACAAGGGCAAAUAUGGGAAUUUGGAUGGGUUCUACAGGAAGGAGGAUGGAGACAAAAAUGUGCUAUUUAGCACCCAGUUUGAACCAGCUGAUGCCAGGAAGGCCUUCCCGUGCUUCGACCAGCCUGAUUUGAAGGCAGCCUUGAAAUUAACCAUAAACUGCCCUGCUGAGUACAUGGCACUUGGAAAUGGGAAAAUUGAGAAAGACGAGGUCAAAGAAGGCAAAAGAAGCGUCACUUUUGAGACGACCCCUCGAAUGUCGACGUACAUCAUGGCUUGGGUUAUUGGGAAGCUCGAUUACAUUGAGAAGAAGGACUCAAGUGUGACAAUACGAGUAUACGCGUAUCCUAAGGAGAAAGAGUGGGGCAGAUACGCCCUUGAUGUUGCAUACGACUGCUUGAAACUGUUUGAAACGUACUUCGAUAUCAAAUAUCCCCUUCCUAAGGUGGAUUUGGUAUCAAUUCCCUCAUUUGCUUCAGGUGCAAUGGAAAACUGGGGGCUGAUCACAUUCAGAAGGACUUCGAUUCUCUUCAACCCGGAGACAUCGUUCAUCAGGUCAAAGAAGAUCAUAGCAAACACAGUCUGUCACGAGCUGGCCCACAUGUGGUUUGGAAACCUGGUAACGAUGACGUGGUGGAACGACCUGUGGCUGAAUGAGGGAUUUGCAACUUGGGCUGCUUCGAUGGCACUACGAGAAAUAGGAAAGGCGAAUAGCAAAUUGGUUGAUUGGAACGAGGAGAGCAACUUUGCAUCCUCUGAUAUUGAAGGAGGAAUGCUCGCUGACUGUCUAGAGAACACUCACAAAAUAGCAGUUGAAGUCAGAAACCCUGAAGAAGUUGAUCAGAUCUUUGACGCAAUUUCGUACGACAAGGGCUCUUCUGUGAUAAAAAUGCUUGAGGGGUGGAUGGGAGCAAAUUUAUUCAGGGAAGGAAUUAGGUCGUAUUUGAAGGAAAAGGCGUAUGAAAAUGCAGAAACAUCAGAUUUGUGGGAACACCUAAAUAAGAAGAGGAUGUCUGAUUCAAUUGCAAUCAGCUCGUUGAUGACGCAUUGGAUUGACAGAGACGGGUUUCCAGGAGUGACAAUCACAGACGCAGGUGAAAAGGUGGUCUUGAGACAGUCGAGAUUCACUAAGGGAUACACCAAGGAGGAUAAGCCAUGGGCAAUUCCACUGCAAAUCAGGUGGAUGAAGGAGGAUGGAACUGAGGAAGUCGAGAAGAUUCUCUUUGAUUCUGAGACACUUUCAAUUACAAAGAGAAGCAGGGUGUUUAAGCUUAAUGAUGGCAUGAAUUCAUUCAUCAGGGUGAAAUACGACAGAAACACGUUGGUUGAACUGUUGAAGACGAGGGGUCUCAGUGCCACUAACAGACUUAAUUUGAUAGCAGACAUGUUUGAAUACGCCUUUGCUCUCAGAGGCGAGUUGAUGACGGAUGUUCUGGAGCUGUUUUCAGAAGAGAAGAACUUCGAGGUGAUGGAAAACAUCCUGAUGAAUCUGCAGAUGCUGAAGAGCGCAUUCUACGACACACCUGAGAUGUUCAAUCGCUACAAGGAGAUGCAGAACACUCUGAUUGAAAAGAGGCUAGAAAUGGUGGAUUUGAAUAAUGCAGGAAAGAAGAACGUGAAUGAUUUGGCAUUGGACUCGUUGAUUGUGACUGUUGGAGUAGCAAAUGAGAUCUAUUCAGUUGAUGAAAAGAACGUACACCAGGAAUUUGUGAAGAACUAUUUUGUAUCACAAGUUGAUAAGAGCUUUGAAGAAAUCAAGGAGUUUUAUGAGACAUCUGAUUUACCAGGGGUGAAGGAAUCAGCUUUGAUGGCACUUGGUAAAACAAAGAAGAUGGAGAACUUCAACAA